CUUCCACACUGAGACAUCAAGAGCAAAAAUUCAUCGCCAUGUCCACGCGGAGGCUUGGGAGCAACCCUGAAACACUGGGGGAUGUCAAUCUGGUGACAGAGGAGCUGAAGAAUCUUUAUUAUAAGAGGCUGCUGCCGAUAGAGAAAUACUAUUCUUUCCAUCACUUUUACUCUCCGAGCUAUGAGGAUGCAGACUUUGAAAACAAACCAAUGAUGCUGGUGAUGGGUCAGUACUCAACAGGAAAGACAACUUUUAUCAGGUAUCUCAUAGACCAAGAUUUUCCUGGUAGCAGAGUUGGGCCAGAGCCAACCACUGACUGCUUCAGUGCCCUCAUGUAUGGAGAGGCGGAAGGAAUCAUCCCUGGGAAUGCCCUCACAGUAGAUCCAAAAAAGCCCUUUCGCAACCUCGACCCCUUCGGAAAUUCUUUUCUGAACAGGUUUCAGUGUGUUCAGAUGCCAAAUCAGGUCCUUGAAAGUAUCAGCAUUAUUGACACACCGGGCAUCUUAACUGCUUCUAAAAGAAAACUGAGUCGAGGCUAUGACUUCCCAGCAGUGCUGCGCUGGUUCGCAGAGCGCGUGGAUCGAAUCAUCCUGCUGUUUGAUGCACAUAAACUGGAGUUCUCUGAUGAGCUCACUCGGGCCUUUGGGGCUCUGAGUGGCUAUGAGGACAAGUUGCGUGUGGUUCUCAACAAGGCUGACAGGGUGGACUCACAGCAGCUCAUGAGAGUCUACGGUGCCCUCAUGUGGUCGCUGGGGAAGGUGUUUCAAACGCCCGAGAUCCUGCGGGUUUACAUCGGAUCUUUCUGGUCAGAGCCAAGGCAGAUGUGUGACCACUACCAGCUGAUAGAGCUGGAGGAGGAGGAUCUUCUGGCUGACAUACGGAACCUGCCACGCAAUGCUGCAGUGCGCAAGCUGAAUGACCUGGUGAGGAGGGCACGCUCAGUAAGGGCUCACGCACACAUUGUCAGCUAUCUUAAGCAGGAGAUGCCAACCCUUUUUUGCAAAGAAAGCAAGAAACACAAUCUGAUUUACCAGCUUCCAGUAAUUUUCACCAAGAUCCAGCAACAGCAUCGAGUCCCUGCUGGUGACUUCCCUGACUGCACCAAGAUGCAGGAGAAACUUCUGGGUCAAGAUUUCUCAAAGUUCAAGACACUGAAACCAAGUCUAAUGGCUUCCUUGGAUAAACUCCUGACCACCGACAUAGCAAACCUGGUGCCUUUACUUCAACAACAAGAACUGAGUAAGAAAUCCCUCCCUGGUGUGCUGGACGGUGAUUUUUUGGGAACAUUCAGGCAUGAGCAUUACAAGAGAGAUCCUUUCAAGGAACUCCCCAGAGAUGAUGAGAGCAGUGAAGGAGAUUUUGAUGCGUGGGUAGUGGAGAAAUACAAGCCGAAAUACGAUGAGAUUUUCUACAACCUCAGUCCAAAUGAGGGCAAACUGAGCGGCACCAAAGUCAAAGAGUGGAUGACGACCACACUUCUGCCGAACUCUGUGCUUGCUCAUAUCUGGAGGCUGUCCGAUGUAGAUGGAGAUGGCAUGUUGGACAAUGAGGAGUUUGCUUUAGCAGUCCACCUUAUUGAGGGAAAACUGGAGGGCCACUGGCUUCCCCGAGAGCUGCCUUCUCACCUGGUGCCACCAUCAAAACGGCUAAGUACAGCCAACAACGACAAGUAAAUAUGGCAUCAAAAGGGAAUGGAAGGCUGAGGAUAUGUCUUCAUUAUAUGUCAAUUUUGCAAAUAAUUUUUUUAAAUAUAAACUUAUCUGGUAAAAGCAGUUUGAUAUUUAAAAAAAACUAAGCGGACAGUGCCUGGUCAUGAAGCUGAGAAGGGGUUAUUCAUUUGUAUGUUAAUCCUCAUGA